UUCGGAGUUCUCAUGGUUUCGUUGGGGAGUCUGCUGUCGACAUUGAAGAUUUACACUAUCAUGAUGCAAGCCAGCAGAUUUGUAGCUGUGUGUGGCCUGUUUAAACUCAGGAAAACCCACACCCCUGUCAACGUCAUCAAGCUACCACUAUUUAUCCCCGUAUUCUACCUGUUUAUGAUGAGUGCGAUGAUUAUUGUAACCUUGGUGUACACUCCUGAUGUGAUACCGAAGGCCUUGAUCUGCACCUCGACUGGAGUUAUAGCCAUAAUCCUCACAAAGAUUGGCAAUGCUCGCGAUAGUCCUGUACGACGUAUCUACACAAAAAUUCACGAACCACUGGUGAGGAUAAGCCGGGCAGCUCUGUUAAGCGAAUUCGCUGAAACAACAUAAACAGGCCUUACUAACAGUCUAUGUACUAUGUGUGAAACAUAUACAUGUAAAAACAUAUACAUUAUACCGACAUAUGUAUGAAGUGAUGCAUACAGGUGUUACCAACAUACUUCAUGUGGGAUGUGAUACAUAAAUA